GGAGGGUCUACAGGACUGCUAGUUUUACAGAGGAAAACUCAAAUCAAGCACCAAAGCACACAGCAAGAGAGAGGAAGAACCGAAAGGCAUUCCUCAGUGGAGCUCAGCCCUCAGAGCAACGAAGCCUUGGCUUGGCAGUACCUCGCUGGCUGAAGAUUCAAGCUCAGCUGUUAACUACUUUGAUUUCUUGGAUCUUCGAAUUGGAGCAGCAGAAAAGGUCAACAUGGCCAUGCCAGAAAAGUCAAGUUGUGUCAAACAAUCUGAGGAUUGCAGCAAUUUUCCUGAGAUUAUUGAACUCAAUGUAGGUGGCCAGGUAUACAUAACUCGCUAUCCUACUCUAAUCAGUAUUCCUGGUUCCCUGCUCUGGGAAAUGUUCAGUGUAAAGAACCCUUGCUCACUGAUCCAGGACAACAAAGGGAGAUUCUUCAUAGAUCGAGAUGGUUUUCUCUUUCGUUAUGUCCUAGACUACAUGAGAGACCUGCAAGUAGUGCUUCCUGACCACUUUCCAGAGUGUGGACGGCUCCAUAGAGAAGCAGAAUACUUUAAGUUGCCAGAACUGGCCAAGAUGCUGGCUGCUAAAAUGAACAAGCUCAACUCAGUUGGCAAUGACUCAUGUCAAAUGGAUCUAGAAGAGCUUUCGCCCAGCAUUGAUACCACAUUUAAUUUCUCUUCAACUAAUACCAUCCAUAUUAGUGGCCCUGAUAAUUCUGUAGUUCUGACAGCUGCCACUGGUUCUGAGCUCAAGAAGCCUGGCUUCAUCACUAUUGGCUAUCGAGGCUCCUAUACUCUGGGCAGGGAUAGCCAAACAGAUGCCAAAUUCCGCCGUGUGGCCAGAAUCAUGGUGUGUGGUAAGAUCUCAUUAGCCAAAGAAGUGUUUGGAGACACUCUGAAUGAGAGCAGAGACCCAGACCGCCCUCCUGAGAGAUAUACUUCUAGAUACUACCUCAAAUUCAAUUUUCUGGAACAAGCCUUCGACAAACUAGCUGAUGCUGGCUUCCACAUGGUAGCAUGCAACUCCACUGGCACCUGCACUGUCACGCAUGAUCAAACAGAUGACAGAAUCUGGACCUCUUACACUGAAUAUGUUUUCUAUCGUGAGUGAAACUUAAAAAUCAUCCAGGAAAUACAAACCCCCAAACAGUAUCCCUCCUUUGUUCCCAGGCUAAGUGUAUCCCUUAGGAAUAGACACACUAAGCACUCUAGUCUCUUGAGUGUCCUGUCUAACCUUGAACAAUGCCUCUUGUCUCGUCAUAACCACUUGAACAUUUGUUGGUUUUCUUCUUACAUGUCAUUCAAAUCUAUCUGCCUACCAACCUUCUCUGGACUGUGGAGUGCAUUUAAUGAAAGGUAUGCAUCAGUAUAGAUAGUAAAGGCAUAUUUCUGGAGUGAAUACCAUUAAAUAUAACCACUGAAUUAAAAGUGUUUAGAAA